AUGGAGACAUUGCCCAAAGUCAGCCAACAUGUCCGACAGAAGCAACAAGGAGAGAAAGAGGAGGUGGAUGAAAGACAGGAUGGGAAACUGCUAGUGGAGCGGGGGACCGCAGAUGAGGCGUCGACAGACCAGAAAGUGAUGGACAGAAGGAACAACUGGGAGCCGAGUGUUUACUACGCGCUGGGGAAGGAGUCUUUUUAUAUUGCAGGUCAUCACAUCAGCAUCCGCGAGUCAAUGGAUACUUUUGGUGCUCUGAUCUGGCCUGGGGCGAUCGCUUUGAGCCAGUUCUUGGAGAAUAACCAGCAGCAAGUGAACCUGAUGGACAAAGCAGUGCUGGAGAUCGGAGCUGGGACUGGCUUGCUCUCAAUAGUGGCCAGUCUGCUCGGUGCGUGGGUGACAGCUACCGACCUGCCUGACAUCUUGUCUAAUCUGACCUUCAACCUUCUGCGCAACACCAAAGGCCGGUCCCGCUACACCCCUCAGGUGUCUGCCCUUACCUGGGCUCAGGACCUGGAGCGAGACUUCCCCUUCCCGUCCUUCCAUUACGACUACGUGCUCGCAGCCGAUGUGGUCUAUCCCCACGGCUGCCUCGAAGAACUGCUGGAGACCAUGCGUCACUUUUGCCGACCAGGAAGUCGAACGACGCUGCUGUGGGCCAACAAGAACCGGUUCCAAUCAGACUCGACGUUCACGGAGAGCUUCGAGAGCAGUUUUAACACCACGCUGCUCGUUGAGCUCCCGCGGCAGGAGGUGAGGAUAUACAAGGCCACAGCGAAGGAGUGA